CUUUUGCUUAACAUUUACAUGUCCAUAUCCUAACCUGGGGAUAAAAUAUUUAGUUGUAAAAAAGAUAAUAAUAAAUACGAUGGACAGACACACAGAAAACAAUAAAUCUAGAGAGGGACGAUAAUCACAAACAGGGAGGGGAGAGGGGGAGAUAAGUGGUAUAAGAGGAAUAAAAACUCUUGGGGAGGUGCUGUUAUAUAAUAGUGAUAGUGAUAAACUUCAGUGUGUGUGUGUGUGUGUGUGUGUGUGUGUGAGAGAGCGAGAGAGAGAGCGAGAGAGAGAGAGUACCUGGUGUUUUCUUUUAUGCGCAUGCGAUGUACGGACGGGCGUCUGAGACGAUAAGGUCAGAGUACGCAUGCGCAAAAACUUAAGCGUUUGGAAUGGCGCGCAUGCGCAGUGAGGAGUCAAGCAUUUACGGAGCCGUAAAUCCCGACAACCGCACGCGCGCGUUCACACACACACACAUACACAGAAUAAAGUAGAACAGUCUGAGUACACACACACACACGCACGCGCGCGCGCGUAUUUCAAACACUUUAAACCAGAUAUUUUAUUUGUUUUUAUAAAGUUUGAAGUCGGAAGUUUUCAACGUUUAUCGCGGAUUUUCUCACGGACUGGAGUUUGUGACUUCACACACAACACGGAGUCCUCUGGUGGAGUUGUAGGACAUCACUUCCCGGUCAUUUUGGAUCCUACACACUCAGUGUGUGUCACAGCUCAGCCUCGUCAUAAAGUCAUAUGCUUUUUUUCUUUUUUUUUACUUUUGUGAAAAUCCUUCAUUACAAAAUGGACAGUGAUGUUUCAUGACAUCACUUCCUGAAGGUUCUUGGCACUGAAGGUAUAAUAAGGGUUGUCCGGAGCAGUAUAGUACCGCUCACCUUUAACAGGAAUACACUUUCUGGCUGAAUCACAAUAAAGGAAGUGGUUGUGUUGUUGCCAUGCCGAUCCUGAAGCAGCUGGCCUUGGGUUCGUCUGGGUCAAAGCGCCGUUCUCGUUCUGACCUGACGGUGGAGAUGAUUAGCGCACCGCUCGCUGACUUCCGCCACACCGUGCACAUCGGCCGUGGCGGGGAUGCCUUCGGAGACACGUCCUUCCUCAGCGUGCCACAUCAGUCAGCCAAUCCGGGGCAUAAGAAUGGCCUUCUGCCUCGCAGGUUCAGAGGCAGCAAACGCUCUCAGUCUGAGAGAAACUCCAGUGCUAUGAGCUACACGCUACCAGCUAACAGCGCUGUCUCCCUUCCUUAUGUAAGUGAAGAUCAGAACAUGACACUCCGCCUUCCGCAAAGCGCCUCCUUAAAUUUUGCAGAAACGCACGGAAAAACAGUAGCGAUGGAUGGGCGGAGCUUAGAGGUGGAGGAGCAGCAUUUUGGGGAGCCCAGUGAACUCCCCAUGUUCACACCACCCUCUGGGAGAGGAAUGAAACCUGCAGAGUCAAUGCUGUCUCUCCACAUCGACCUUGGGCCCUCCAUGCUCGAAGACGUCCUUGGUGUCAUGGACCAGCCUGAGGGGGACCAACAGGACCUCGCAGAAGAUCAGAGGCAGGGCUGGAAGGGACCGUGUCUACUCAAGGGUGUGUCCUCAUCCAGCCCUGGAUUAAAGCAGGAGAGAUCUCAAAAAGCACACGAGAGUGAGACAUGUAGCACUACAUACAGCAUUAACAUCAACGACAAAGACUUCCUGUUCAUGGACGAGGACGAGGACGAGAUCGGAGUAUGA